AUGGGCUUGAAAGAAAUAAUCAAAUUGAUCCUAAACCAGAAAAAAUAUUUCUAAAAUUUCGAGUAUUUAAGCAGCGGUGCUUACGCCCUUGUCUUGAAGGCUAAAAACGUUAAGAAUAAUCGCAUGGUUGCCCUUAAAUUCCUAACAUGUACUAACAAAGAUGGUUUGAAGGGCAUCGAAUCUUUGAAAAAAGAAUAUGAAUUGCUUCAGAAAUUCAGCUAAUCUGAUUUUUUGGUAAAUGUCUACGAUUGCUUCUAUCUAAUGGAGCAAGAAGUAGAAGAGGAUAAAGAUGGUAAUGAAAAGUCCAUCAUAACAUAAGAGAAGUCCUUUUUUGUGAUGGAAAUGGAGCUUUGCGAGCAAAAUCUUAAACAGCUCUUCGAUUAUUUAAGAAAGACAUAACUACCCUCUAAAUAAAUAAAGGAAAUAAUAGCUAUUCAAAUGCUAGAAGGAUUAAAUACCCUUCAUAUUAAAAAUAUCAUGCACAGAGACAUCAAGCCUCAUAAUUUCCUAGUUUGUCCUUCUCAAACUUAUGGAUUUAAUAUCAAAAUCUGUGAUUUGGGAUUUGCAUCUGCAGUAACAAAAUCGAAAAGCCAUUACCUAUCAAAGAAAGGAACUGAUUCUUACUUUGCUCCAGAGGUAGAAAAAGGAUAAUCCAGAAUUCAGUCUGACCUCUUUUCUCUAGGACUAAUUUUACUUGAGUUAGAUAAUCUGAAUGUGCUAUAUGAAAAUUGGAUUGACUUUGAUAUAAAAGGAGAGAUUUAUUAAGGAAAAGGAAUAGCUUCGAAAUAUUAGAUUGAUAGAAAUUCUAAUAUCUAUAAAAUAGCCGAGAUUUGCUUAAAACCAAAAUAUUUAGAAAGGACAACUUCAGGAAACCUACUUUCUGAGCUUAUUAAGCUUCAUGGAGAACCACUGAAAUUCACACUUGCAUCUAUGAUAUUAGAAGAAUAAAUUCCGUAGUAAGCAUAAUAAAUAUUCAAUAGAAUUAAUGAGCUUCAAAAAAAUAAACAAACUUAGUUUGAGAAAGAUGCAUAGAUCUUGCUUGAUAACACAGAUUCAAAAAUAAAGAGAAAAGAUACUAAUAAACAAUUUACAAAAGUAGAAAUACUAUCCAAGCUAUUAAAAAGUCUAUAUGAAGAUAAGAAAUAUGUAAAUAAUUUCCAAAUUCUUAAUUUUGGAAGCUUUGGUAUGGUAUUAUCUACUAAAAAAGUUGACAAAGAAAUAGUAUUAAAAAUACAAAAGAUUGUUGAUGAACAAGAAAUUUAAAAUGAAAUUAGAAUAAUGUAAUAAUUAAAAACACCUUUAGUUGUCUAGCUAUAUGACAAUUAUGUCAUAGAAAAAGCUACAGCACCUGAAAAGUAUGUAGUUUUCGAAUUAGAAAAGUGUUCAUGUUCACUUUAGGAAUAUCUAGAAAGUUAAGGAAAAGAAGGAGAGUUUAGUAAUGAAGAAAAAUUGAAUAUUGCAAUCCAAAUAAUUGACUCUGUCAAUUAUAUUCAUUGCUUCAAUAUUAUUCAUAGAGAUAUUAAACCUGACAAUUUUUUGGUAUGUUUGGAUGGCAAUCAACUUGAAAUCAAACUGUGCGAUUUUGGAUUAUCAGCUUAACUUGAAAAAAAUUGUGAAUAGAUUGAAAUUUUAGAAAUGGUAGGAAAUUGGGCGUACAUGGCACCUGAAAUUUUAACUAAAGAAGAUCACUAAAAUAAGAUAUACUCUAAAAAAUCGGAUUCUUAUUCAGUUGGUUUACUAUUAUCUUUGCUUGACAAUUACUUCAUUUUGAAAGAAAAUACAGGAUCUACUUUCAUGAUGAUGACUUUAAAUUAAUAUGAUGAGUCUUUCAAACAAAUAAAUAUUAAGCGAAACACUGAAAUAUUUAAAUUUAUUCAACUAUUAGUUGUCUGGGAAAGAGUCAACAGAGCUUCUCUUUCUAUUAUUGUUGAAUAAAAUUCAAAAAAAUUCAAAUCAAACUAAAAUGAUAUGAAAUAAAUUAUAUCAUAGCAUUAUUUAGGUCCUCUAUAAAAUGUUGAGGCUGUAAACAUAGGAUCCGUAGGGAAAUUACUUUCUUAAAAUAAGAUUCCAAUUUAAGACACCAAAUAAAUAAAGAUAGAUAGUAUGAAUGAUUUGUAUAAAAUUACAGAAUUUCAAGUUAUCGAAAUAGAUUUACCAUUUAAUUAACAUUUAAUAUUUUUGAUAGAAAUUAUGAAUGAUUUGAUAUUUAGUCAUUUAUGA